GCUGCGAAGAUCAUGAUUGUUCGUCCGGUUGGACUCUCUAUGAGCAUAUCGACCUGCCCAAAGUUACUGCUUUGAAUGAGGCGGUUCCUGGAAGCGUGAAGUCGGUUGUCAAAGCUUGGGAGCAAAGACUGAAUUCUAGUGGGGGACACUUGGAGAGCAAUGAGGGUGAUCCUGAGUUACUUGUUUACAUUCCGUAGAUCCAGUGGUUCAGUAGUUUUACCCAUCUUUCCGUUCAAUUUCAAUGGUAGCAUGUGCCUGAUUCUCCAUAAUCUGGUCUGUAUGAGUUUGAGUAAGGGACUUAACCUCAGUAGCAUCUUCAGAUUUACAUCAGAUGUAAAGAUCAAGAGCAUAUCAGUUGUUGGUGGUGUUGACGGAACAAGUCCUUCCAAGAUGAGGGUGUUCAUCAACAAAGAAGGCAUUGACUUUUCAGAUGCUCAAGGAAUGCAAGCUGUUCAGGAGUGGGAUCUGGUUGAAAAUUUCCAAGGAACGUUGGAGUACCAGACAAGAUAUUCCAAAUUUCAAAACGUGGCCAGCAUCACAUUGCAUUUUCCCGAUAGUUUUGGUGGUGAUACAACUAAGAUAGAGUACAUUGGCUUUAAAGGCGAAGCUACAAAGUUGAAGAGGGAUGUUGUCGCAACAAUUGUUUACGAACUCAGGCCAAAUCCUUCCGAUCACAAGACAAAGGCUGAAGGUGGGGGUCUCUCACAUAUUGAAUGAACAAGUCAAACGCUAGCUGCGAUCUGCGGUGUUUCUUAAGGAUUAAAUACUCUCUGUAGUUUGUAUGUUGAUACCUUAAAAACAAGGAAGUACUGAAUUGUUGUCACAAUUCUUUUAUUUGUGGCAUCUUUAUGGUUGGGAAAUGUUACUCGAAAGAAACCAGAUGGAGGUUCUGUUAAGGCUUAUGCUAUCAUAUGCUUCAGUUUUAAGUCACACUUUGUUUGGA